GAAAGACUCAGAGAGCUCCUGGUCAGUCGUCCGGAUGGGAAAUGAUGGUGUUCUUGGCCAGGAUGAUGGCUCUGGAGAUGGAAGAGGAAGGUUGAAGUUGUCAUCUGUUUGGGAGGUAGACUCAGGACUUGCCAAAAAAUUGUAGUUGGGAGUGAGGGGAAGGUGGGGCCAAGGAUGACUCCAAGUUUACUUACCCAAAUGCCUGCACAGAGGUGGUGCCAUUUACACUGAUCCCUCUGGGAGGAGAGAAUGACCUCCCGAGAGCCCAGUGUGGAGAGGAGAUGAGGGCAAGGAGAAGGGGAAACAAGUGGGGUCCACAAUGGCAGGUUAGGAGUUGGAGGGCAAGGGGUCCGCAGACAAAGGUAUCCUCGCUGCAGACAGCAGCAGAGGGGCAAGGCCAGGCUGCCCUGAAAGAGCGGCGCGACGGGGCCCUUCAGAGCACCUCAGAGCCCUGGUGCUGCGGGAAACCGGGGGUCAGCGAGCCCGCCCAGGCCUGCCUUCCCCAUUACCCCGGGGGCUGGCGCCCAGGGCCAGGCAGACAUCCCUGGCUGAUGAGACCCUUCCUUUCGCACAGCCCGGGUUGUGCGUUGUUGUUGUUGUUUUAAAUGGCCACGUAAGUACGAUUCUACCCUCGUAAACGUGUCCAGUGCUGCUCAUUAGUGCGCCUGGUCAAGUGGCGGCCACCCCCACCCCUCUGCGCGGCUCCAAGACCCACCUCCCUCCCGCACGGGCUAAACCUGACCCCCGGAGCCUUUCUUCUCGCUUCCCCCUGCGAGGUACACCGGCCAGCCCUCUCCGCCCGAGAAUCUUAGGUUCAACAAUCAACGAAAGGUCCUCGAAGCCGGAACGAACGGCCACUUCCCCAGCGGGAUCCGGCCACGAUUGCUUUCAUCUUUCUCUAGUGCUGAUGGCUGCAGCGGGUGUCCUAGUCGCCGGCCCGGGUCGGUGCGGACGGCCUGACUGCGACACCUGGGAAGUCCGCACUGAGCCGGUGACGCGAGCAGCCUUCCCCCGCACCGAGCACCGGGGCCGCGUCCUCCGUGUUCCCCGCGCUCGGUUGCGUAGUCGCGCGCCUGCGAGAGGAAACGAACGAGGUGUGCGCCGGGAGCUCCCGGCCCACGUGAUCUGCCCCCACCGGGCUCCGUCACGUGACAGUGGAGUUGCAAACGUCUUCCUCACGUGACGGAGGCCGGUGUGUGGACCAAUGAAGAGGCGGGGCGGUCAGGGUGGUGCGCGCGAAGGUGCUCGGCCAUCCACGCUUCCGAGAGGAGGGAGGCCGCCAGUCCCAGCCGGGCGCGGGCCAGGCCGGCCUCGGUGCAGGUGGCGGCAUGAAGUGUCUGGUCACAGGCGGCAACGUGAAGGUGCUCGGCAAGGCCGUCCACUCUCUAUCCCGAAUCGGGGACGAGCUCUACCUGGAGCCCCUGGAAGACGGGCUCUCUCUCCGGACCGUUAACUCCUCCCGCUCUGCCUACGCCUGCUUCCUCUUUGCCCCGCUCUUCUUCCAGCUGUACCAGGCGGCCGCCCCUGGUCAGGACCCACUGCGCUGUAAGAUCCUGAUGAAGUCGUUCCUGUCAGUCUUCCGCUCGCUGGUGAUGCUGGAGAAGACAGUGGAGAAAUGCUGCAUCUCCCUGAAUGGCAGGAGCAGCCGCCUGGUGGUCCAGCUGCACUGCAAAUACGGGGUGAGAAAGACUCACAACCUGUCCUUCCAGGACUGUGAGUCCCUGCAGGCUGUCUUCGACCCAGCCUCGUGCCCCUAUCUGCUCCGGGCCCCAGCAAAGCUUCUGGGGGAGGCUGUUCUGCCCUUCCCCCCUGCACUGGCUGAAGUGACACUGGGCAUUGGCCAUGGUCGCAGGGUCAUCCUGCGAAGCUACCAGGAGGAAGAGGCAGGCAGCCCCAUCAAAGCCAUGGUGACUGAGAUGAGCAUUGGGCAGGAGGAUUUCCAGCAGCUGCAGGCUGAAGAAGGGGUGGCCAUCACUUUCUGCCUCAAAGAAUUCCGGGGGCUCCUGAGCUUCGCAGAGUCAGCAAACUUAUCUCUUAGCAUUCACUUCGAUGCUCCCGGCAGGCCAGCCAUCUUUGCCAUCAAGGACUCUCUGCUGGAUGGCCACUUUGUUCUGGCUACACUCUCGGAGCCAACCCCAAACUCCCAGGACGUGCACUUCUCAGAGCCCUGCCAGCCAGUGCCUCAGCGCCAGGCCCACAGCACCCCCCAGCCGGAUGACUUUGCCAGUGACGACAUUGACUCUUACAUGAUCGCCAUGGAAACCACUGUGGGCAGUGAGAGCUCAAGAACACUCCCCUCCAUCUCCCUCUCACCUGGCCUCCAGCCUCCCUGCAACUCCGAAGGGGAAGAAGAUGAAGCUGAGGCUGAGCUCAGUACAGUGCCUGGGACCCCCCCACCCAAGAAGUUCCGCUCACUGUUCUUUGGCUCCAUCCUGGCUCCUGCACACUCCCCGCUGGGCCCCAGCCCUGUGUUGGCUGAAGACAGUGAGGGUGAAGGCUGACCUGAGAACCUCUUCUGUGCCCAGAGGCCCUGGCUAGAUGAAGCCACAGCCUCUGGCUCCUCAGCGCCAGCCAGGGACAGGGCUGGGUCUCCACGCUGGCGCUGGUAAAGGUGGGCUGGAGCUGAGCUGGCUGGUCCUGCUGCAUCCCCAUGCCCCAACCAGCUAUUGGUAACUGGCCUGGGCCCUGUCAUGUCCCCCAAACAAUCAUGUCUGUUUCGAGGGGAGGUCCACCUGAUAGGAGGUCCCACACCUUAUUCCAACCUUGAAACAGAAGCUGGACACCUAUCUUCCUUAAGAAAUCACAGUGGGGCUGCUGGCCCAUUGAUCAACUUUUUCUGACAAUCAUGACUUGUCCCUCCUCCAAAUCGGGGAUGUGCUAUGGCUGGCUGGCUGGCCUUGCUUUUUCAAUAUUUUUUGGCUCUGGCUGGGAAUUCUAAGAAGGCCCUGUGGACCUUAACAUGUGGCUGGGGCCCCGUGCCUGGCAAGCCACCCCUUGCAAGUGGCUCUGGGCAAAAGAGUGCCAGGCCCACUGUUUGGGACAAGGGAGACAAGCCAGGGCAAGAAUCCAGCUUUGACCUUUAUUCAAGAGACCAGAUGGGUUGCCCAGGAUCCGGCUGCCAGCCCUGAGGCCAAGCAAGGCUGGAGACCCACAAUCUGGCCCUGCUUUGCCCUGAGCUGCAGCCUCAGCCCCAGGAUCCUGCUUGCAGCCACCGAGGCACAGGCAGAGGGAGCCCUGGGGGCUUGGACACUGCUAUUGAUUCAUUAAAAAAAAGGAAAAAAACAUCAAGGCUCCAUGUUCCCUGUGACAGCAGGCCUAGGAAGUCAGCAUGACCCCCCCCCCCAUGCUGCGUGGUUUCUGUACAAUCCACCAUCUAGGGCAGAGGGCGGGCACGUGGAGGCUAUUUCUUGGCUUUGGCGGAGUUACGGGGUGGGGUGAUGGGCCGGCCACCAGGGUUCAGGCCACUGAACUGCCCAUAUUUCCCCUUGUUCUUGUCGGCGGGCUUGAGGAUCUAAAAGAGACAACACUGGUCAGGCUCAUGGGGCUGAGCCAUGGGCCACCAGCCCCUUCCUUCCCCAUCCCCACCUGGAAGGAGCACAUGAGCGUCUCGUCCACACUCAUCAUGGCGCCAGCAUUAUCAAACUCGCCGCAGUAGUUGGGAGCUGAGAAGAGUGUCACCAGCUGCCGCUUGGCAAAGAACUCAUAGCCAUCUUCUACCACCUGGACAAGGACGGGGCAGAUAGUUAAGCAAGUGCUGGCUGCCCAGGGCCCUCUCCUACCUGGACCAGAGCUGCCGGCCCACCUGGUGUGCCCGGCAGAUGAGGUCCAAGUCGUGCUUGUGUAGGAACUUGGCCACCACCUCAGCCCCAAAGGUAAAGGAGACGCCGCGGUCGUUCUCGCCCCAGCCCUGCACGUCCUUGUCGGGGUCAGACCACAGCAGGUCACACAGCAGCCCCUGGUCAGGCACGUCUGUGGGCCGCAUGAUGCGCCGAAUCUGCUCCAUGGACUGUAGGUCGG